AAAUAAGCGUUGAUACAGCGGAGCCACAAAAGGGAAGAAGGUGGGAUACAGAGGUCAGAAUCAGAAGGCUAUUCUGCUUUAUUUGCAGUUUGGGAGUUAUCCUUUCCCCUCCACUCUCAACACACACAUAGUAUGACAAGUUCCCUUCAGUAUCAAAUGUGCCCAAAAGAUAAAUGAAUGAAAGAGAAGGACGGGUGGCUGGGUGGAUGAGCCUUGAUCACAUGAGGAGGAGCAGGAACUGGAGCUGGGCACCGGCAGUUUCUGCAGAGCAAGUCAGUGCAGGAAGUCGGAACUGCAAAGAAACAAUUAAGCUGUCUGAAAGGAUCUUCGUUAAGAGCAUCACAACAAGAAGCAUUUUCAGAACAGAAAUGAAUAGCUGGACAGCAAAUAACAGUUCCGUCAACAGUAAUGGAACAGAUCUCACUAUCGGCUUUACCUCUUCUGCAAUAGCUGUCUUUUUAUUUGGGACAAACUUUGUACCUGUUAAGAAAUUUGAUACUGGUGAUGGAAUGUUCUUCCAGUGGAUUCUCUGUGCUGCAAUAUGGAUAGUAUCAUUGGUGGUGAACCUUAUUCGGAAUAGCCCUAGGUUUUGGCCUCUUGCUAUGGUUGGGGGUAGUGUAUGGGCUACAGGUAACAUUACAGUUGUCCCCAUUGUUAAAACCAUUGGUUUAGGUCUUGGACUCUUAAUCUGGGCUUCUUUUAAUUUGUUAACUGGCUGGGCAAGCUCAAGGUUCGGCUGGUUUGGAAUUGACCCAGAAGAGGUAUCAAAACCCAUCUUAAAUUAUAUUGGAGCUGGACUUUCAGUGUUAAGCACUAUCAUAUUUCUUUUUGUAAAAAGUGAAGUUCAAAGUUCUUCAACUUCGUUAGAAGUCACUCCAUUACUGGGAGAAAGGUCAGUCAACAAUUCUGAAAAUACCUAUUCUGAUGCUUCAUGGGUAGACAGUCUUUCUGCAGUACGAAAAAGAGUAAUAGGCUGUACCCUAGCAGUAGUAGCUGGAAUAUUCUAUGGUUCCAGCUUUGUGCCAGUGCUGUACAUCAAGGACCAUGGUAGAAGAAAUGGAACGGUAUACACAGGAGCAAGUCAAUUUGAUUUAGACUAUGUCUUUGCACACUUUAGUGGAAUCUUUCUCACAAGUACCAUAUAUUUUUUGAUCUACUGUGCAGUCAUGAAAAAUAAACCUAAAGUUUACCCUGAAGCCAUAAUACCAGGAUUUGUUGCUGGUGUGCUUUGGGCAAUAGCCAAUUGUUGCUGGUUCAUAGCUAAUCACUACCUCAGUGCGGUGGUCAGCUUUCCAAUAAUUACUGCAGGCCCUGGCUUUGUAGCUGCUAUGUGGGGAGUCCUGGUAUUUAAAGAAAUAAAGGGAUUGAAAAACUACCUGUUACUCUUAGUAGCAUUUUGCGUCAUUUUGGCUGGAUCACUCUCCACAGCAUUUUCUAAAAUUUGAAGGAUUGCUUGGACCAGCAGAUGGUGCUACUGGGGAAUAAAAACACUGUAAGAAGACUGCAAUCUCUGACGCUUUCUGAGAUGAUUAAUAGAUCUUGACUCUCACAAGAGACUGGCGAAUAUUCAUAAUUCACGUUUUUUUAUGCCAACUGAGAAAAUUCAGCAGAAUUUGUUUCAGGCCUGAAACAAGUAAAAGGAUAGUGUGAAAUAUUUUUUUAAAAUAUAUUGGAAGAUGCCAGUGUUGUCUUUCUGGGUGAUUGUAGGAGCAAAAAUUGGCCUUCAAAGGAUUUCAAAUAAUUUUUAUAAUUUUCUGAUAUAGUGCAUUGGUCUAUAAACUAUCAUUGAAUCAGGAUAAGUUUUAAUUCAUCUUUGCAGGUUGGAGGAUAAAGGGAAUAUUAAUUCUGGCUUCUUAAUAUUUUACUUUGCAAGGCAGUACAUUUGUUUUAAUAUACUGUGUGUUCUGGAGUAUUAGGGCUGAUAUACAAAACAAUCUGGUAACAAAGUAACCAUAACAUCACUGAAUCAAGGUUUGUUAACAGCGUUUAUUGAUGAUCAUUUUGUUUUGUUUUAUUGAAAGAAGUAGAUUACAGUUCCACUUAAAUUAUGCAAAUAUUAGUACCUUGGGCAUCAUUCUUGAAAUAUUUUCUAAAAUCUACUCAGUUGAAGUAGAAUUGUGAGGAAGUAUGCAAACAAUUUAUUCUGGAACUGGAGCAAUACCUUCAGUGUAAGAAAUGUAAGUUUGUUACCAGGUUACAUAUACAGUUAGUUAAACAUUUGUUGACAGGCUGCAAAUAUUGUGCAUUUUCUGAAUAGUCAGACUUUUUCAUACAGCACAUUCCAUGUUAAAGCUGUGGCUGUCACAGUAACAUUUUGUAAUUGGUUAUACUAAAAAUUCAUGGUAAUUUCUAUGUUGUCAAACAGGUUUUGCUCGAGGGCAAAUUGCAUGUGAUGUAUCAUGACUCGAUUUGCAUGUACAAUUUCAAAAUAGAGUGAUUUCAAAAUAGCGGUGUUAGUCUGUAUCCACAAAAAAAACAGGAAUACUUGCGGCACUUUAGAGACUAACACAUUUA